CACAGCCCGGCCGCUCCCGGCGCGGGUCUCCAGGGAGCCGCGGUGGCGCUGGCAGAGUGACCGGGGUGGCAGUGACAUCGAGCCAUGGCUAAGGACGGGUCUGAGCACAGCGGGGGGCACAGUAGCGACUGGUUCACUCACGAUGAUGGGAUGCAGCUGGGCGAGCUGGAAUCAGUAACAAGCGCUUCACUAAAGCAUGUGCUGAACUCUGUAGCCGCUGUGGGCCAGGAGCACAGAAUGCCGCUGCAGUACAAAGCUCGGGUGCAGAAAGCAGGAAACAACAACUUCCCAUUCUCUUCUCAUGACAACAGACAUGACAUAUGCAAUGCAGUCGAGUAUUUUGACCUGGGCAUGGGUGUGAGGAAGUUGGAUCCAGAGAAGCAGAGACAGAACUCCCACAACUUCUUCGAGUGGGCUCGUGCGCCAGGCCGGAGCAGCAGCGAAGGCUUCGUCACCGUGUACCAGAGCACGUUUGUGUCAGAUCAGAGCCCUGGGAAGGAGGAGCAGAACCACAGGCGCUACCCCAAACACCACACCCAGAGCCACAGCGAGCACAAACAGAGCUCCAGCACAGCUGCUCCUGAGAGAAAGCCCUGAAGCCAUAAAAGACAUCUUAAUCAAGAGCACCUCGGGAACAUCCACCGAGCAAAUGUGAACUUUCACUACCCAAAACAACGGUGAAGGAAUAAACACUCAUGUGAAGUGCACGUGGUUGAGAGUUCAUUGCCUUACAUUGCUCUGAAAACAUACAUUUCUAGAAAGCCUUUAAAGAAGAGGAGCAUUAUAAGGAAAAACAAGAUUGUGCAUAUUUUUAGACAUGCGUCUGCUAGGAGAACACAGAUAGGGAUUGUGCUUGUGUUACCUGAUACUGGUUGACCCUCAUCUUGAUAGAAAAGCUCUUUCAGCUUCUGAACCUCAGGCAGCUGACAGCACCUGUAUUGACACAGGAGCAUAACAGACCUGGAUCCUUGAGGGAUUACCACAGCAGGGAGCCAAACCCCUCUGUGUUCAGGCAAGAGAGAAACAUUUCUGAAAGGUUUCAUGGCUGAGAAAGCAGGUGGCCAGCCAUUAGAGAAAGUAGAUAAAAAAGAUGUGCAUUAGAUUGCUGUGCAAAAUAAGUGUCCUAUUUGGUUAUAGCACAGCAGUUGUAGAAGUGAAAAAAGAAAAGUGUUGUGAACAACAUUUGUGCACUCAAAAAUUUGGUUCAUGGCUGUAAGGGGGAAAAAAACUCGAGCUGAAGUGAAAGGCUGCAUGGAGGUUUGACUUUGGGGUGGACUGGAUCUUAAAAAGAACUCAUGAUUUUAUAGUUACAUGUCUCAAGGAAGAUAAUUCAAACCCAAUCCUCCAAGCACUCUGCUCCCAGAAUAUUCACUGAUGUUAGGAUGUGGCAGGCAGUUGAGUCACACCUAGAGUCAGAUCUCCAGAUGAUGUGUUCCUCUUCUGGAUCAUUUCCAUUAAUAUCAAUAAAAUAAUAAGCUAAGCUAUGUGUCUUAAAAUAUCCUACAAAUAAGCUUGUUGCUAUGCAAAAUAAUGUUGACCAAAAAAAAUAAAUCAAUCAUAAGUUUAUUAGAUAAUUUCCUUUUUUUACAAGAUAAAUGGAAAAAUAAACCCUUGACCCUGCAUUGUAAGAGCUGCCUUGAACAUGAGCUCAGUUAAAAAAUGACAUUUCUGCCUUUCAGUGAACAGAUGCAUUUUUUGGUAUCAGCAAGCAGUGGCUGAAGGCCUUUUUGUGUGCCAUCAAAAUAGAUGGGAUUAGAUUCCCCAAACGUGUAGCAUAUUUAUUAGCACAUGUUGGAAUAAUAAACUCUUUUUUUUUUUUAAUGGAGUCCCCCCUGUUAGAGUUCUUGGGGUGCCACACAAUACAUCAAAAUCCAAAACAUCAAUGAACAAUGUAAAACCAAAUAAAAAGCCAAGUGACAUAGUGCUAUUAAAAAAAAUUGCAUUUUCUCAGAGUAAAGACAGCCUGCCUGACAGCUCCAGAGUCAGAAUUUCCACAGCUUUAGCCAACAGUUUCAU